CCUGUUAAAACAUGGUACAAAAUCUUCACAUUUAACAGAUUCCUUACCACAAGUUACAUCACUGGCACUGGGAACUUCAAAUUUAUUACAAAAUGCAGUUUUUUUGGCUAACUUGUGGCUGCCAAAGAGAAACUGGUCUCUUUUUAGCUCUCUUUCUGAUAUGCCUUCAUCCAGCAACUUUUGAGGAGGUGGACAUUGAGUUGAUUGGAUCAGGGUAUGAUGAAUCAGAUUAUGAUGACCUUAACAACAACUUUUUAUAUGGAAAUGAAGAUGGAUUGAACUUGGAUCCCAGCAAAAGUUAUCCAGUGAUUCAAAAUUUAAAAAGUUUGCCUAAGGCCAAAGUGGAAGAGGCAAAAAACAAGGCUAAGAAUGGUCCCCGAAGAAAAGACAAUACAGGCAGCGAAAGUUUUAAAAACUCUGGUGAAAUUUCUUCAGACAAUCUCGGUAAAGACUGGCUUGGACAAGGAGUUGCUGAGGAUCCUUUCCACUUAACAGACAGAACACAACAGCAUGACAGCAAGAAGGGUAAAAAGAAGGACAAUGAAAAACAGUCAAAAGACAAGGCCAAGAAGGCCAUCCAGAAUGAUGGUGUCACUGACAAAAACAAUCUACGCCACUAUGUUACUGUUGAUAUGCGGGGAGCAGCAUGUUGUCCAACUCAAAGUUGUCAGAGCACUUGUUCAACUACCAGCUCUUCUAAGGCCAUCUCUGACCAGUUACGCCAGCUGCGCAGCGAUGUUCAGUUUUCUGUGAACUCUCUGUCAAUGGACCUGAGGAAACAACUAGGGCAGAUGCAGAAGCAAUUGCUGGCAGGAAUAGCUCAUAAUAACUACAGGCCAGAUCUGAACACAGCAGCCCAGAGUGGCAGUCAACCACAGGUGGUGUUUUCGCCCUGCCCCCCAGGGUUCACGCCAUUCCAGACUUCUUGUUACGUGUUUGAGUUGCAUCAGACAGACUGGGUGUCAGCUAAUAAGAUGUGCAGAGACCUUCAUGCUGCGAACCUCGUCAGUAUUGAGUCCCAGGCAGAGCAGAAUUUUCUCAAGAAUCACAUCAAGCGGAAUAAAUUGAAACCAGAAAUCCCAUACAAACACUGGGGUUUCUGGACCAGUGGUACCGACCUGGACAAAGAGGGUGUGUGGAUAUGGCAUGGCACAAAGAGACCUGUCACAUUCUCAGCAUGGGGCGGCAAUCAGCCAGAUAAUAACUACUGUCGCCUACCAGAAGGGUGUAUGCACAUGGUAGGCUCAUAUGAUUUCAAGUGGAACGAUCUGCCUUGCUUUAUCAACCUGAACAGUUUCAUCUGUGAGCGGCCACAGAGAGGGGUGAUUAACCUGAUGGAGGAGACUUUGACUAAAUAUCGCAAGUGACCAGGUGUUCACAGUACUACACAUUCGUGGUGAUGCAACUGUUCUACAUGACACCAUUUUAUGGUUUAAUCAAGAAUGUUUUUAACAAUGUCAAGAACAUUUUCA